GCUCUAGUUUGGUUACACUGGUUCGUGGUAGUUCACGCAGAACGCGGAUUUGCAAAAGUCAAACUAGGAACUCACCUACUAACCGGAGAAAAGGUUGCAAUCAAAAUCAUGAACAAGCAAACUUUGGGGGAAGACUUGCCACGCAUAACGCGCGAAAUAAAUGCUUUGAAAACUCUUUGUCAUCAGAACAUCUGUAAAUUGUACCAAAUCAUCGAAUCUGAGGAACGAUACUUCCUAAUCGUCGAAUAUUGUUCCGGCGGCGAGUUGUUCGACUACAUAAUAAAAAAGGAUCGCUUGCCAGAGCCGGAGGCCCGCCAUUUUUUUCGACAGAUCGUUUCCGCCCUCGCCUACGUUCACGAUCAGGGUUACGCUCAUCGCGACCUCAAACCGGAAAACCUGCUAUUGACCGAAAACCUUCAGGUUAAGCUGAUUGACUUCGGUCUUUGCGCCCAGCCCGAGAAAGGAGUGAAUGGUAUGCUCGAAACGUGCUGCGGAAGUCCCGCUUAUGCAGCACCCGAGCUCAUUGCAGGAGACCCCUAUUUUGGAAACGAGGCUGACGUCUGGUCGGCAGGAGUCCUGCUCUACGCCUUGCUCUGCGGCUUUCUUCCAUUUGAGGACAACAGCCUCCAGAUGAUGUACAAGAAGAUCCAGAUUGGCCGCUACAGGGAACCCCCAUGGCUGUCUGAUAACAGCAGGUGUUUACUAAAAGCAAUGUUGAAUACGAAUCCCCGUAGGCGCAUUACCGUUCAGCACUUACUCGUUCAUCCAUGGGUAGUCGGUGACUAUUCACAGCCAGUAAAGUGGCGCAGUAUUUAUGAAGUAAUCGGCUUUGUUUUGGCUUUUGAUGAAUAUAUUGAAAAUUUUGUUGCACGCGGACUAAUGAAAUGUCUUCAGUUUCUGUACGAAUCCGCCAGUUUACCCGUGAAAUGCAUUUCAAAGUUGCUAAUUUUAUAUUUUUUUUCAAAAUGUGCACUUCUUAGACUCAUCGCGGCAACGAGUCCCAAACGACGAACAGCAGCAGUGAAAACACCCCGUAACCAAACACCUUCUCCAAGGCAUAAGACGCCCAGGAUCACGCGACGGAUGUUCAACAGCGUCGAACGACAUGUUGACAGGGUGAUUAACCUGAUUACUCCCAGACGGCGAAAGCAAAAUCAACCAAUGGCGGUUCGCAAAACUAGGCAUGUUCAUAUUUCAGUAUAUUCUGUUUGUUUCUUCUAUAGCUGGACACUUCGAGGCAAAGCCACGGACGGCAACGGUCAUACUUACUUAACCCUUGAAUUCGAAAUCGUUUUUAUCGAUCGCUUGAAUAUGAUUGGGGUUCGAAGAAAGAGGCUGAAUGGUGACUCCUUCAUGUACAAACGAGUUAAAAUUUUAUAA